CCCUCCGAUCCUAAAUAUAAGUCUUUUUGGAGAUUCCUAAGGGACUAUAUACAGAGCAAAAUGAGUGAAUCUAUGCUUUAAAAUAUGUCUAUAUACAUCUGUAUGUAGUUUCUGUUGAAAUCUUUAAAAAGACAUGUAUUUAGAAAUGGGGGAGUACAUUCGAGCCACUGUCGUGCUAUAUUCACAAUAUUAAUAAUCAGGUCUCAACAUUAAUAAUCAUGUAUUGAACAGUCAAAAUUAUGUUAUGGUACAGUAACUCAAAAUCUGCUGCCGGCACUAAAUGUCAUGGUUUUACCGCAAAGUUUUUCAUUUGAAAACUUCACUAUAGUAACUGUUGUACCCUGGAAAUCUGGGGAUGUUCUGUAAACAGGGCUAUGGGUACCCAUGAUGGGCAUGGUAAUGAUAAUUAGUACUCCGUAUCACAGUACUAGUAGAUGAUCUCGAGAUUCUGAUACAGCAAAUGGCGACAGUAUCAUGCCAUAUCCACUCAGACAAUCCCCAUCACAAACCCAUUUCACUCGCUUUUGCAAAGUAGGAGGGCACCAAAGUGUCCAUAGGCAGCAACAACUCUACCCCGGUUUCAGCUAAAGACAAGGCGAGCACGGCUAAUCCAGCUACAAUACACGAAGCUACAGAGAGUAGCUACCCAAUGAUGCCCGCGUUCAUGAGUGCCAUGCCGAUCUUGACGACAAGGUAAAGAAAGGCCAAGGAAACCAAAUCCCCAAAAAAUGUUUGCCCUCGAUCAAGGCAUGAUCCAUCCUUCCUAACCAUCACUGUCAAUCUAGCUACUAGCUCUAGGUGGCCACUUUCACGAACUAUCAGGGUACUUAAAGCGGCGUCAGCAUUCAGUAGGCAGUAGCCGCCGCCUCUUUUUCGGCUUAAAAACUGCCCUGAGGACACCCAAUCCCAUGAGGCUAAGCUAGCGUUAGCACAGCAAUCAACCAAUGGCAUGCACAACAAAUGCAAUUUCAAAUCCCAGUGAGGCUUGGCAAAUCAGCAUGGGAAUCUUGAGCAGAUGAUAUUCAGGCUACCUAGCUAGCUAGGCCCAGAGGCCAUGAGGCUACUGAAGAAUCAAGUUCAAAUAGUGCUAACUAAACAAAACCCAUGCUUAGCAACACCUUUCAUGGUUUCAUUCAAAACCACACCCACCACUCCACUACUCCAUGUAGUUAGUACUUAGUAGUACCAAUCACUAGUUAAUCGCGGCUUCGGUAUUCGCGUGACCGAGCUGGUUAAACAAAUCCCAUGUGGCGCGGCCGAGUGGAGCUCACGUGAGGCGCCAUUAAACUAGCUGAUCAUCAGCUCACGGCCCCAGAAAGAAAGGCAGGGAGGGGAGGUUAAACAAGGCCGGGAGCUCCAGGAACUAUAGAUUCUUCCCGUGGGAUGCCAUGCGAGGACCAAGGCAAGGAGGAGGAGGAGGGAGGGGGACAGGACGGACGCAGGUAUUAAAAUUCAGAGCCGUGUAAAUCUCCUGUCCUUUGACCUGCGAGCUGUCUUCGCUCCAAUGCCCUUGAUCGGCUAUAUAUAUGCACCGAACAUACAUAGACACUCAGGUGCAGCAGGUUAGCUGGAUUGAGGUGAGAAUCAGUUGAGAGGAGCAGAGCGCGCAACGGGUGUGGAGAAGGCAUGAGGUUGCUAGGUGGGAUUGUGAGGCUUGUUGCUCUGGUGUUGAUGUUGGUCGUCGGUUCGUCGGUUCACCAGGCGGUGGGAGUUGGUGCUAUCAGGCUGCACGACAGAAGGACGCACGGGGAGCAGUGGGCGGAGGAGAGGAUGCAGAUGAGGUCCUACAUGACCAUGGACUACACCCGCGUCAAGCGCCGCACGCCCAAGCACAACUGAUUCAGCUAUAGCUAGCUAGAAGAAAGCCUCUUGUCUCCGGGCUCUGGCUCCUUCAGCAGCGACCGUCUGCUCAAAUGUGUUAGCAGGGGAAGCUCUGGAUUCAGCUAGCGAUCGAGAAGAAGCUCUCAGCUCCCCUAAUCCUCCUUCUUACUUCUUUAGUAGUAUGUGUGUGUAUGUAUGCGUCCGGCGUGCAGAUCCAUCUGUGCACGCAAAUUUUGCCCCCUGACCAAAUGUUAUUACUACUAGCUUGAUUAAUUUAGGAUAUAUACUUACGCAGUUAUUAUGGUAGCACUAGCAGUGUUCAUCUUUCAGUUACACUUUUGUAAGAAGGUACUGUAGUAAUGUGGAUUCGUUUGGUGAAGUCCUGGUUAUUUCCCCUGUAAGUGAGGAGUGAUCAUGCACUACUGUAACAUCUCAAUCGUAAUGGAACCAGACGAGC